CCGGCGAAGAGUGGAGUGGACAUUGCCAUCUGCGGCUUUCGCCGAUAAGAAAUGUUAGUUUGCGUUUUUGAUUAUGUCUUUUGGUGAAACAAGGACAAGUCUGGAUCGUUUAGAUAACAUUUAUCGAAAGAACGUUUGGAUUCUUAUCGCGAUUUUGGUACAACGAUCGCUGUAAUUGAAACACGCCAUCGAAGUUUGGGACAACGCUUCGUUGGCAAAUUCGUAGCUGAACAAACACAUCAAGCCCGGUAUUUGGCUAGUUAAAAUCUUCGUCUUGUUUGGAAAUCUGAAUGGGAUCCUUCAUAAUUCUAAAGAUUCAUUUGCUGGAUAAUCAAUCUAAUAAUUGAAGACGGAAUUAUCACGUCAAAUUGCCCUAGCUGCUAGCCGGUAGUUUGGGCGAAAUUAAAAAUUCAGCCUAUUUUGAUCUCAUUUUCCCGGAACGUUGGAUUUUAGCGUGGAUCAGCGGCUUCAAUUUCUUCAUAUCUGAAGAGCGACGAAAAAGAAUCAUUGGAAUUUCCCUGAAGCACAGGAUCGAAGGCCAAAAGGAGGGAAAUAUCAAUGCUUAAUUUUUUAUGUUGUUCAUCCAACGUUUGUUUUUCUAAUUUUGUUUGACUUCAAAUUACUUGGCCCCUGGUACCCGUAUAAUUUUUGUGUUCUUUGUGGAGAAAUCUUGAACUUCUCUAUUUCAAUUACGUUAUUAUCAGAACGAACUGUUUGAUUUCUGUCGGUCAGCUCAAUUAACUUUGGCACUGUAAAAAAAUGGCAGAAUGUUCUGACUGACCCUUCAAUCAAUCAAGUCAGGAGUCAACGUUUCUUUGAUUUGUUCACUGCGUGAGAUUUGCUGGUCAGUUAAGCCUUUAGUCGGUAAAUUUGCAGGGUACUUUUUAAUCUAAAAGCUGAAUUGAUUUGCACAGCGUGUUGGGAGUCUUGAUUGGGAUACAUGGAAGCCAAGAGGAUCUAGUGAGAAAAAGAGAUCUAACGUUUUUUUUAUCAGCAACAGUGGAAGUGCUCAGGAAGAGGACGUUAUGAAUUCAAGGUCGCAAGUAGAACAGGCCAUGUCAUCUAGGCUUAGUGGUUUGCAGAUAAGUAGUAAUCAAUCUAGCAGGCUGUACAGAGCGAAAGCCACCCCACCUGUUCUCAAGACACAUUCAGGUACUUCGCAAAAGGCUACUAAGUUUAUACCACACCCCCCUCACAGACCAGUUGGAAUUCAAAGGACUCCAACAAGGACGGAAGGAAAAGGUGUUAAACCACCUCUACCACCAUCUGAACCCAAAUCAAGAAAAACUGCUGUGAGGAAGUUUUAUGAUAUAAAAAAACAGGAAAAUAUCAUUGAUGAAGGGCGAAUCAGUGGUGAUGGAGAGUCCUUGGAAAAUGAGGAAUAUUUUGAAAAAUCCCUGUGUCCAUCAUGGCAACGCAUGCCUGGAGAUGGCUGUAUUUCUGACAUUGCUGAGGAAGAUGAAGAAGCGGAAGAGGAAAAUUCUGACCUAGAGGAAAAUGAUAGUGAGAAUGACGUUGAUGCUGAGUGUAAUGAUGAUGACGAUUUUGAUGACUGUGAGGAGCUGAAUGAAGGUCAGUGAAGCAGUUAAAAAGGCCUUUGUAGGGACUGGCUAAGGAUUUCCCUAGUAUAAAUUUAUAAACCCAAUGUUUCCUUUCCAUUAAUUUUAUAAUUGUGUUUUUUAGCAUAAGCUUUUUAAAUAGCUUAGUUUUCUUUUGAAAUCAGCGGUUAACAAUAGAAAACAAAGAAAAUGUCAAUAAAAGCUGGAAGGGCUUGAAGGGCUUAUUGUACUAAUUUGUAGCUGUAUGAAGCGUCUCCCAGGUUUUCAAGUUAACCUCACUGGCUUCAUUCGUGAGGAGAAAAAAAUAAAACAAAAUUUUAAUAUCAAGAGCACAGACUCAGUAUCGACUGUAUUCUGAGGUUUACUAUGCUCUUGAUAAGUCUUGAUAAUUAUUAUUUUGAUCAUUCAUGGCAAGUGUAGGAUUACUGUACCUUUCAUCUAUUAAUUUGAUAUGGCUGAAGGAUAACUAUAUAUGUUGUAGUCAAUUUUUUAUCUCAGGUAAUUUUUACUUUUCCUUUGUUUCAACUUCAUUAGCAUAAAUUACCAUACCGAAAAACAAAGGAAACACAAAAAUUACCUGGGAUAAAAAAUGAACUACAAUAUAUAAAUCUAUACAUCUUGAAGUUCUACUACCAUAAAAAUGUUUGCUUAACAACAUUUGCAAGACACAGAUAUUGGUUGGAGACCCCAUCCCCAACUCUAACAUCUUAUCAACUGCCAUGUUUCAAGCUGAUAAUGCAAAACCUUAAUAAUUCAUUCACGAGUGGGCUCAAAGAGCCCUUUGAUUUGUUUUAACAUUAAAUUGUUUUUAUGGUUGUCUUCGGUAAUGUCACAAUUUAAUAUUCUAAAAUAAAUAAUCUGUUGUAGUCAAAAUCAAUGACUAAACCCUUCAAAACUCAUCGCAUUGAAUUGUAAGACUGAAUCGUUUGUUACACAGCUGGUUUCUCCGAUAAUGAUGAUGACGAUGAUGAUGCUUCUCAGUCUAUGAUAAGUUCUGCUGCCUCCUCCCGUAUUUCCACGGCUAAAGGAAGAGCAUUAAGUGCAAGAUUGACAGGUGUUGAAAGAUGGUCUAGUGCUCUAGGGUCAUCAAAGCCCUCGUCAUCAAUAUCAAGUAGAAAAACCACUGCAUGGUCGGCGUCAGGUGAAGAUGACAAGCAGGAGGAGCUUGAACCUCUGGUGCGGAGCUUUUUUGCCCAUGUCCCACCAACAGUUUAUUUUUUUGUCGAGGGUGAAAAAGGUAUUUACAACUUUGAGUGCUUUCCUUUGGAAUAUUUUUGGAACAGGAUUUGAUCCGAGAUACUCCGGAUCAUGGUGCAUUGUAAAGUACAAUCCAUAACCGGUCUCCAUACAUUUUCUUAAAGAACUAGUUGGGACAAUUUAGUAAAAGAUCAAAGCUUUUCUCUGUAGGUGAUCAUUUUAUUGAAUCUCAUUACCUUUCCUCUCAUUAUUAUGUUUUGUUAUGUUAGGAGAAAACUGAUGUUGAUCAUUCUAGGGACUUCAAGGGUCAAAUCACAUUGCAUUUUGCAAACAUGGUCCAUAGAACUUACAGUAUACUGUAGGCCUCAAAAUUGACCCACAAAGCAUUGCCUUAUUAUUAUGGUGCUUACUGUUUAAUUGUGAAUGAUGUGUUUUUGUAUACAUAUAUGUUGUUAUGCUAAUGAUAUUAUUGUCUUUUUCCAGUGGCUCCACUUUCUGCUGAAUUGCGGAAGCUGCUGAGAUGGAAAAUGAGUUCCAUAACCCCAAACGUCAUAAAGCAGUGUAUUGCAAGAGUUGGUUUUAAACCAACUAAAAGUAAGCUUUCCUUGGUUAAUUGAUGAUUUUGUACAGAUCUUUUCAAUGUAAUAAUAUUGUAUUCCACUUUACACUAAGGUUGUGUUGAGUGUCCUGCUUUAGUAUCCGAGCGUAUAAGCCUUGUAGAGAUUGAGGAAAUGCUUGUAAUAUGGUAAAUGUAAAUGUAGUAUCUGAUAGUUAAGUUUAAAUAUCUAAUAGCUUUUAAUCGAGUUAUCCUAUCUAUUUUUAAUAAUUAAACAGGAAAUGACUGGUUAGGAUAUUGGGGAAAGCACAUGAAGGCAAACUGUUUCAAAAGUGUGAGAGACUAUCAAAAGGUGAGAGAGUUUAUUUGAGGUUGGCACUUAUUUAAGGGCAGCAUUUAUUGGAAAGUUGGAGGUGACAAAGAAUUAUUAUUUUAAUAGCAUAAACAUCGUUUGAUUUUGAUUGUAUCAGGGCUGCAGCGCCUAUUCGAGGGCAGGGUUUAUUAACUUUUUUCUCAUAAAUGCAGCAUAUAUUAUUUGAGGGAAGCGCUUAAUCGUGGGCUGCGCUUAUUUGAGUAAAUACCAUAUUCAAACAACUAUCUUAACCCUCCCCCUGCCUCCCUUCUCAGAGUUACACAUGUUUGCUGUUUCCUCCAGUCAAAAAUUAACUGAUUGUUAUUCUUUCCAUACCCACAGGUCAAUCAUUUUCCUGGGACAUUUCAAAUUGGAAGAAAAGACCGACUGUGGAGAAAUCUGUCCAGAAUGAUGGUUCACCAUGGAAAAAAGGUUGGUGUAUAAAUGUUGUUGAAUCUUGCACGAGAGUCCUGUAAAUUAAACUGAUAGAAAAAAAGUAGGACCUGUUAAUAUUGGAGUUAUGCAUGUUUUUUAAAAUAGAGUAGAACCUCUAUUCAGGGGACACUUUUGGGACCACUGGUAAGUGUCCCCUGAAUGGAGGUGUCCCUUGAACAGAGUUGUCCCAAAGGGAGAGGUUCCAUGAUUGUAACAUUCAAAAUUAUUUUGCUUGUAUUGCAGGAUUAUGGAUUUGUUCCUCAAACAUAUGUUCUUCCGUAUGACUUUAAACUUCUUAAAAGAGCUUGGGAUGAUGGAAACGGCAGACAAAAGUGGAUUUUAAAGCCGGUAUUUGAUUGCCAUUCACAAUUUUGUGUUUACUUUUAAGUUUUUUUAAUUGUUUGUUUAUAUUUAAUUUAUUAAUAGAAUUAAUAUAAUCAGGUUAGGCAGGACAAGACAGAAAAUAAAAAGUGUAAAAAAAUUCUUAAGCACAAUAAAAUGGUAGACCAAAAAUUCAAUCCUUUAAUACUAUUUUAAAAUACUGAAAAAUUCAAUACUGGUAAUAAACUGACAAUUUCAGAAAAUCAGUAAUUCAAAAAUCAAUAUAGCUAUAUCUAUCAUCAAGAUAUAAAAUGUAUCAUCAAAAUAUCAAGGAUUUUGAUUCACUUAUUUUCAAAAAAAUUUGCAGUUUAUAUUAACAGAAUGUUCAGUUUUUAUUAUGUCAUUUUAUGUCUUCGACUAUCUUCAUUCGUCAUUAACCAUUUUUUGUUGCUGUUGACAGCCUGCUUCAGCGAGAGGAAUUGGAAUCCGUGUAAUCCACAAGUGGAAUCAGAUUCCACGAAAGAGACCUGUCAUUGUUCAAAGGUACUUAAACAUGGAGUGUGAAGUAUAAUAAGUACAAACCCAUCUUUCACUCAAUAUUACCUCACAUAGAUGCAUAAUUUAAUUUUGGAAUAAAAACCUGUAUGUUUUAUAAUAAUUUUUAUACCUUGUUAAUUACUGAAACAUUCAUUUUCCUUUUCUUCCUACAUUUUUUUGGCAUUUCUUUGUAAUUAUUGUAAUCGUGUGGCAAAUAAAUAUAUACAAAUACAAAUACAAAUACAAAUAAUGAGAUAAAUGUAACUUAUAAAAGCGUACAGUCAGCCAUUUUUUUUUAUUGUGUUUCUGUCACCUCUAGGUACCUGGCCAAGCCUUUUCUCAUCAAUGGCAGCAAGUUUGAUCUGCGUAUCUAUGUCUAUGUCACUUCUUAUGAUCCACUUAGAAUUUAUGUUUUUGAAGAUGGACUUGUCAGAUUUGCAACUUGCAAGUAAGUGGGUUUUCAGUUGUAUUAAACUAGUAUAUGAACUUUCUUAGCAAAGUUGAGCCUGUUAAAAAGUAUUUAUACUGUAAUGGACCAUGCCAAGUAUCCUGGAAAAUAUUGAAAGCAUCUACAAGAGAAAGUGUCCAACAUAGUUUUUUAACUUGAGGAUAUCCAAAGGGUAUUUAAUGAGUUAUUAUAUAUGGUGGGUUGCGAUAUGCAAAUGUGUCACUCCACUACUGUUGUGCUGCGACUAAGACCGGCCACCUCACUAGAACGGCCACUUUUUUUUGUCCCAGCAGACAAAUAAUCCAUACAUUGACUUUUAAUUAAAUUUGUUCAAUGGCCACCUCUUUAUAAUAGCCACUUCUGCCCCCAAGGUAGCCAUUGUGGAGAAGUUCAACUGCAUUUUGAAUUGGUUACUUACAGACUGAAUUUUUCCAAAGGUAUUCCUCAUCCAUGAAGAGUUUGAGCAACAAGUUCAUGCAUCUGACAAAUUACAGCAUCAACAAGAAGAAUGAAGGAGCUUAUCAGCCAAACUCUGAUGAAACUGUUUGCCAGGGACACAAAUGGUAUUUCAUUUCUAGUGACCUCUCUUUCUGUGUAUUCUUGUAAAUUGCUGCUACAUGGACUACUCAGAGAUUAUGAUUAAUACAAAAUUCUUGACAGUACAAAAUCAGUACCAAAUUGAUAAUAAAUAAACAUUUCAUUUUGUGGUAAAAAAAAGUGAAAAAAAAGAAGAAUAAACAGACUUCAAAGUUAGAAUUACUUCUUUUAGGCAAAGUUAGUCUGACCAGUGUAAUAAACUUUUUAAGUGAAUAAGCCACAUGAAAAAGUUAAAUUCAUAGAUUUUUGGCUUAUCAACUACUGUCAAUUAAGAAAAUACACCACUUUUCCUUUCGAAGAGCUAUACAUGUAAAGGCUUUGUGAGACACUGGUAGAAGUGGUUGGGGUGCGGGUACAACUAUAUGAGUAUGUGUUUCUUCAUUCAGAAUUUCCAAACCCAUUAUUGCACGUAUUCAGGAGAAGACCAUGUCCCAGUUGGUGUGUUGCUAUUUAGCAUGCAAGCAAGGGGGCCCAGGGGGUGGAGGGGAGGGGAAGAGUUCUCCCCACUCCCUCCCUUUCUCCCCCACACCCCUGGGAGAGCUUGCUUGCGUGCUAUUUACUACUGUACUAGCACUUGUCUUCAUCACGGUCAUUGUUUCAACACAUCUUUGUGUCAUUUGUAACUAUUUCUCCUGUCUCAUCAUUUCAAGGCCAUGUUGUUUGUCAGAAUUUUACCCUAACAGUACCUCCUCUAGCUGUGGUAGGGACGAUGAAAUAGAUCCAUCCUCCAGAAGGUCAACUGACCGAAGGCUCAAAUGCAGAUUAUUCUACUUUGCAGGAGCCUGAAAGCCCUGUGGGGAUACUUUAAGCGAAUUAACAUUAACAAUGUCAAUGUGUGGGAGAGUAUUAAGGAUUUAGUUGUCAAGGCCAUCAUAGCGUGAGUAUACUUAACACUGGGAGGGAUGUAAAUGCCACACCCUCAAUUAGACAUUGCCUUUUCUUAAAUGCCACCCUUGAAUAAGCACUGCACCCAAUUAGAGGAAUGCGACUUGUAUUUGAGGAUUAUUAGAAAAAACUUGGUAAAACGUGGUAAUUUACACCAAGCAGACAAUAAUUAUUAAGAUUCUACCUCAGCGAAAAAGCGAGACAUUAGAACUUUGCAUCUUUUUGUUCUACAUAAUAUUUACAAGUGAUUUGUCAUAAUUGAAUUGUUGUCAGCGAUUUAAGAAAAGUGAUUUAGUAUUUAUUAUUAUUGCCAAUUAUUCAUGAUGUUAUUUUCAGGUCAGAUUCAGCUGUGAACACCAUGGUGAAACAGAAUGUCAGGAAGAGGUAACCUUCGUUAGUUAACAAAUGUUAAUGUUACUUAAUAAUAUUAAAUGAUAAUGAUAAAUUAAUAAGGAAAAAUUGCAGGAGGCUAGUUGAUCAACUGUCAUUGCCCAAAAAUAAUAUCAGAAGUGAAGAGAAGAACAGAGCCAAGGUGGCAACUGCCGAAUAUAAAAAUCUAUAAUAGUCCGAACUUAAAACUUUUAACCAGUUUUUUUCAUUUCUGAGGGGAUGAUCAAUCUUUUUCCUUGUUUCUCUCAAGUGUUAUGUUGAUGUUAAAAUAUAUAUUUUAUAUUGUAGAUCCUGUUGUCAUGAGCUUUUUGGUUUUGAUGUCAUGCUGGAUGAAAACCUUAAACCUUGGCUGUUAGAAGUCAAUAUUUCACCAAGGUAAGUGAGCUGUCGAGCUUAAGCCUGGUUCAGACACCAAACUUUACAUGAGCCAAACCUACUUUGAAUCAAGGCUGACCCAACUUAUUUAGACCGAUUUGAUUUUUUUAUAUUUUUGAGUGGCAAUUCCCGGUUUCCCUAGUCUAGACUAAAAUCUUCAACCAAUUGAUCAGUUUCCUGGAAAAUGAUACCCAAUUCUAGACCCAAACUCUCUGAUUUAUAUACCCUAUCCCACAGUAAACUGCUUGAAAACUGUUCCCUUCACAAUGGCACAUACCUAUAUAACCCAUACAUGGCAGUACCCUCGCACCCCCGGGCUAAAUACACAAUAACAGUUGACUCUCUUAACGGACAUAUCUAUAAGAGGGACACCUCAGUAAAACAGACACCUGGAGUUACUUAGUCCUCGCUUAGUUGCUCUGUUUAUUUGACUCUCUACAAGACAGACAUCUGUAUUUGAUUAACUUCAACUGUACCAUCAAUGAAUUUGAUGUUAUUUUCUUCCGCAGUCUUCACUCUACCUCUCAGCUGGAUCGCAACAUCAAGGGACAGAUGAUCAAAGAUUUGUUCAACCUGGCUGGCUUCCGCAUUCCAGAAAAUCUCAUCACAACUUCAACGUCAAGGUACCGGGUUUUGCCUAACAAAAGUAAAACAUAAAAUAAGGAAGUUUACCAUCAAGAAAUUAUUAGCUGAACCUUUAGUAUGGCUGAAGUAAUACCUCUGAAGAAAUGACAAUUUUGAGAUUGUUGCUGAAAGUUCUCAUGUUAGUGACAAACUCAACCUAUUUUGUUAUGGUCUUAGAAGUCUGCAAGAUUGCAGGCAUUGUGGCGUUUUAAAAGACAUUAUACCUCCCUUUUCCUCAAGGAGAGCUUUUUUUAGAAAUUCCUCGCGUCCACCUUCAUUCGCUUUGAUCAUGUCGGUACAAAAUUGCAACAUACUGUUGUUUUCUUGGUUCUAGAGAAAGCCACUUAAAUUCUGAAAAAAUUAUCCAAUAGUAAAUCAUAUGCUCACAGUUUCUUCCACUCAGUGAGGUAAACCCGAAACUUAUAUUACCUUGGCUAAACUUAGAAAUUCAUUUUGAUCGCAGCACAAGCAACAUGAAUGUGUUUGUUCAAGAAAAAGGAGCCACAGGUCUGUCAGCAGAUGAGAGGGCCAAGGUAUGUAAUGAUGGUCUAAGGGCAUUACAAAAUUGGUGUAUUUUGCAAAAAUUUGUGCAUUUUUUUUCUUGAAUCUUAAUGUUUUCUUAUUGAUUAUUUUGCAGCAUGCAUUUUAUGUUCAACGGCAUCUGGAUGAGGUAUAACUAUUUCAAUGAUGAUGAGUUUUGUCUUUAACAAAUGGAUAAGCUUACAAUGCUACUGGAAUAUUGCCAUGUCGCAAUUAAGUUUUGAAAUUUGUCAUGACCUUUUUGCUUGCUUAUAAAUUUGAUGUCAGUAAUCAUUAAGAUAGCUCUUCACCAACUUCGUUUCCAUGGCCUUUUUUCUUCGCUGGGAACGAGGUUGGCGCUCUACUUAGAAAUCGAGAGAAACUAUAAGCAGCAAGCUUUUGAUUCCUGGGAUUGCCCGUGUGGACAAGCGUUAGUGAUGAUUGGUAAUGGUAUCAAAAAUAACGAUUAACUUGUCACGAGUAACGCCUUUUCGCCUACCCUGGGUACCAGAGACGUUUCAUGCGCGGUUUCCGUGUUUAUAGUGACCUGUGUGAAAACCUCUUUUCUAGAGGAAAACGUCACCGCCGCACUCGAUCGUCACACGCGAGAAAAAAAAACCUGUGAUACCCGGGCAUUGGGCGCCCAUACAAUCCCAGAAAUCAUUGCGCUGAUUACUUGUGCCCAGACUCCUUUUAGUUUCUGGAGUGGCGAAUCGCCUUUUACGAUUCUCAGAUAGACCUCUAGCAGCCUAGGUCAAACGUCGAACUUUUUAUGAGACGAACCAAACUCUACAUGUAAUUUGGGUCAACCUAAGUAAGUCAAGAUCUCUUUUGGGUCAGACGUCAGACUUACAUGUAGGACGCAUCGAACCAAUCAACCUAAUCAGACCAAAAAGCAUUGUUGCGGGCCAGUAAUAAAUUUUCUCCCGAGCGAGGCAAAAUAUACAUUAUCUUACAAUUUUUUUAUUGAUUAGUUUAGUUCGUUGCAUGUGAGGAUCGAAGUUUGUCUCAAAGACGAUCUUCAGAUGUUCUAUCCGUCUGAAGCAGACGGAUAGAACGUCUGGGUGUUGGACGAUCCAAACUCAUUCAGACGGACUUAACUGAGCCAGACGUCGAACGUUUCAUGAACUUUUGAUGUUGCUCAGCCUCAUUCAAUAAUUGUUUAAUUAAGGUCUGAUAAGAAGCCAUAGAUAAGUCUUCAUCUGUAUUCACAGGACACAUGUUCUUGUUACUUCACAGCGCACUAAACAGUCAAUCCUGGAUAAAUUGACACCAGAUGACAUAAGAAUCCUUAUUGAGACUGAGGAUGAGGUAUAUCUGAAACUUUUGUCGUUUCAACAAAAGAACUAGGGACCUUACGAUCCGACAACGGCGACUUCCAUAAAAACGUCGCUGAAAAAUAGACUCCGCAUUCUUUCAAACCAUUUCGCGAUUAUCCCAAGUCACCCAGUUACUUAAAAGAAGGGAAUUUAUGUUGGAGCUGAAGAGAGGGAGCCACGCUCGAGUUCAGACAGAGAUGAUAGAAUUUAUCGGAUUGCCCUUCUCGUCCUCAAAAAAAGUUAAAAUUUGGUCAUUUCACGUCGUAGUCGUGCAGUGACGGCAAAGAACUGUACAAAAAAGCGUGAUGCACGUGCAAAGUUGUUGUUUUGCUAACUAAACCUAUUGCUUUUUGUCGUUGCCGUUUGCCGUCGCCGUCGUGGCUUCGUAAGGUCCCUCCUACGACGUCGACGGCAACUAGAACUUUAUAGAAAACAAUAGGUUUAAAUGAACAAAAUAACAAUUUUGCACCUGCAGCGCACUUUUUAUUGUACAAAUUUGUCGUCACUGCACGACCACGACGUGAAAUUUAAAGCGAGAGCUGUCACGGUAAAUCGCAUGGCCACCCGGAGCGCUUACCGUUUGUAUGGAAAACCCGGAAAUUCCCGAGAGAAUUCAAAUGGAACGGUUCAACCCGGUUGAAAUUUUUCCGAUUACCAGUACCAUAUGACGGGAAUUUCCUCCGAAAUUUCCGUGCAAAUGGUAAGUGCUCCCGGACUCUUAGAGAGAAAUAAAAAUUACAAGGCCGAGCCUUUUUGUCCGACCAAAUUUUACUGUCUACUCUGACGUGGAUAACAGAGAAAGAGCUAGAGCGAGAAAUAAAAAAAAAAAAAGAAGACGAAUUUUCGUUGGAAGAAAAGCGUGAAAAUCUUUUGCGGCGGUAAGAAAAUGAGAAAUGCUAGAGGCCACCAAGGUGGGUUGUAGUCUUGCAAAACAACGACAAAGAAAUGUACAAAAAAGUGUGCUGCACGUGCAAAAUUGUUUUUUGCUAAUUAGACCUAUUAUUUUUUUUGCCGUUCUCUCGUUGCCGUCUCCGUUUGGUAUUACGCGAUUUUAUUUUUGUGCUCGAAUAAACUAUAGGUAUUUUAACGAGAGCUUCGCUUUUAGCCCUACUAAAUUUAUAUAUUAUGAGGACUUAAACUCACACUAAGGUUUUUCUCUUCUUUCUGAACUUGAGUGCGGUCCCCAAGACGAAAACGUCAAAAAACAAACGUCAAAAAGACAAAAAAAAUUCACCUGCACCAAGGGUAUAUCACUAUCGACCUAGUCGAAUUAAAACUGAAUACAGAUGAUCACUAAUUUGUCCAACCUUCAACUUUGAGUGAUUAAAACUUGGCAUGGAAUUACGUACGUACGUAAUGGUGCUGAUACUGCUAUAUCUGCUUCGCUCAACAGUACAGUAGAAGAGGAUGUUUUCAGAGAGUCUUACCUUCUUUGUCAUCCAACAAGUUCCUUAGAUUUUUCGAGUCACAGGUGAGCGCUCUACACAGUCUACAGGUCUCAAUUAUGAGUAUACAUGAGGCUGUGUUCACACUACUGGAGUCGUUCACAAACAUCGAACAUGGCGCUGGAGCGGUUGGCCGAGAGGGUUUGGUGAACUAAAUCCCAGUCCUCACUCCUGUUGGACGCCUUAUGAAGUUUGCACACCCUAGUAUUCCUUAUCGCUUUUGUUUCGAGCACUAACUAUAGUGAUUAGGGUUAAGCAACAAUACUGAUUAGGGUUAAGCACUGAAAAUAGUGAUUAGGGCUGAGCACUGACUCGAACCGCUUAGCUUCUAUUUAGGGUUAGGGUUGUUGAUAUGUAGCUUCAAAUCAAUCCAUAGACCUAUUCGGCUAACUCAAUGUUGUACCCAAUUCCAACCCUUUGGGAAUAAAACGUUUUGUUUCAGGAAUUUCCAUAUCAUUUAAAUGUGAAUGCCACAUUAUAAUGCAAAUACAAUACACAAUGAAUCUUAUCCCCAGGAGAUUUGAAUUGGGUACAACAUUGAGUUAGCCGAAUAUGUCUAUUGCUCGCCAGCAAAUCCUCAGUGGCGUAGUAGUAUAGGUGAUGGCUGCAGACACCACGCUCCGGGUUCGAUUCUUAUUCUCGCUCUUCUCAUUUUUUUCCUUAAAAACUGAAGAGACUUACGCUCCACUUUUAAAAUCGGCCCGGCGCAGCGCAGCUUCGCUCCGGUACAGAAAUCGCGCCGAAAUCACCAUUCUUAUGUGGGAACAGAAGCUCUAUCCGGAGUAGUUGUCGUGUGGGCCCAAAAAGUAUCCAAUAUUGUGUAAAUACAGCCCGGGUAAAAGCAACCAUGACACUGACAAAAACGCAGGGUGCAAAGAAAAUCAUUUUUACAGCUUGCCAUUCGGGCAAGCUGAAGCUAGCAUUUACUAGCCUAGACGUCAUUUCAACUAGCCCCAAAAACCUUUUUGACCAGCAAAAUUGAUUUCACAGUUCUUCUGUUAUUCGAAUGCCUCAAAAGACAUCACUUGCACGUCGGGUAAGUUAAAACAGAAUUCACUUGCCCGAUAGCAAAAUCUACUAGCCCGGGGCUAUUGGACACUACUUUCUUUGUACGCUGCAGAAACGGUACAAUUAGCAACACAUUGCUUUUCGCGCGCUUUACAUUUUGCUAGACUUUUCUGACGCUCUUUUUAUAGGCAAUCAUACGACGUUUCUCGUUCAUUUUGGAUUUUAUCUGCACGAGUGUGUUUUUCAAAAAGUAUCAAAAUUUGAGCUUUUUGAAAAGAUAGUUGCAUUCUAUUACUUUGUUUUUGCUCUUUGUUUUCUAACAACUGCACUCCUCUCAGUCUAUUAGAUUCACUGAUUUAUAUUUAUUUAUUAUGUUGAAAACACGAUGAUCACUUUUCUUUCUCUCCGUGAACUUGAAAUUCUCCCUGAUUGGCUUGAAUUUCAUGCAUCUAAUAGCUCAUUUUACAAUUUUAGAUGGAAACGAGGAUGGAGUUGACCUUGUUUUGAUACAACCCCUCUUGCGUUCUUAUGUAAAUCUGGUUGUUCUUUUGCUAACUAGUAUUUUUAAGCAUAAUGUCCAUACGAAAACAAAAAAGGUUUGUAUCAUAACAAGGUCAACCUCAGCCUCACAUUCACUCGAAGGCUAAGGUACCAAGCCCACAACUGUAAAAUGGUUUUUUUGCGUAAUUGAGUUCAUUUCCAUUCCUAAUUUAAUUUUUAGCGUUACUAUAAUAUCCUGCUGGAUGAAUGGACAAGAAAAUACAUGAGAGAAGGAAGAAGCACUGCACUAGGUAGGCUACAACCUGACUGCCGUUUUCAAGGAGCUCUUGUCAUGGCUGACUCGUUCAUUUUGUUAAUAUUGCAAACUACAAUCUUCCUUGUGUGCUAUUGAACUUAAAGGGGCUGUGUCACGGCAGUCCAGUUCAUUUUGUUUAAUUUCAGUAAUUUUGCCAAUCAUUCGCCCUCAAUCGCUAUGGAACUUAAAGUAAGCAAAGAAACUAAACGUAAAUGACAAAAUCAGAGAUCCGAGACAAACAAAUAUGUCUCCUGCGCAUUAUUUUCGAAGUUGCAAGCAGCAGGGACCAACUUUGAAAACUGUUACGCUGAACAGUUUUCAAAAACCCUAAUUUCAAUCCUUUUCAAUCUUCUUCAGUUUUGCCCAUCCGUGGCAUCUGUUGUUUCUGUUAUGUUGUUUUAACCUUCCUUUAAAGUUUUAAGUGGCUAUUUUUUUAUGUUUCUCUUAAUUUAACGGGCAUUUUGUAAUUAUCUCAUUUGGCUGAAUUUCGUGACACAGCUCCUUUAACUGUAACGAAGAAAUUAAUUGUAAACUACAAAACCAAAGCUUCUUGUCCAACAAACAUACUUCCCAAGCAGUCUGAAAUGUCAUCGGUCACUUCGUCCUAGAUCUAGGGUUACCCUUGCUUUAGAAAAGCUAUCUCGAAUAGGAAUAUAGGACAACCCAGCUUGCAGCUUUCGACACAUUUAACGUGCUCUGGUGGUUUUCUGUAAGCUAAGCUUACAACAGAACUGAUUUCAGAGUAUGGUAUCGUUUUAUGUCUGUAGGUGUAGCUGUUUUACAAGGAUUUGCCGAAAAGAAACUUCAUCUUGGACCAACAUCAGAUCCAAGUCAUCAGGUGAAUAAUGAAAAUACAGUCGAACCUCCCGUAAGCGACCACCCAAAUGAGAAGACUUAGUGGUCGUUUACGACAAAAGAACCACAGGGUUCUCGUCCAAGAUGUCCGCUCACAUCUACUUUGUGAAAGAUAGUUUAUUGCAAUGCAUAUGUGCAGAGCUGUACAGUUCUAUUUGGUCACUAAAGCUCUUCGUACAUUCUUAAGUAACAUAGUACAUACAGCGAACAUAGAGAUCAGAUCUUACGUCUAGUGGUCGCUUACAACAGGUUAAAACAAUGGAAAAUUAUUAUACCGUCAGCCAAAAGAGUGAUUGCGGUCGCUUACAAUAAGUGUUAGGGUUAGGGUUUACGAGAGGCCCCAAGGGCUUCCUGUGUAAAUAUCUUUAUUAUUAUUAUUAUUAUUAUUAUUAUUAUUAUUAUUAUUAUUAUUAUUAUUAUUAUUAUUAUUAUUUAUUUAUUUAUUUAUUUAUUUUAUUUCAUUUUUUUAACAGUGGACCUGUCCCCAGGGCAUGACAUACAGAUCCUCGUCCGCUCCUGCUUUGAGCUUAGAUCAUGGUUUUAUCAAGUCCAGGUAAGAUCGCAGUUUCUUAUCAUUAAGGUUAGAUUGAGCUUUCUUUUUUUUACCGUGGGGAGAAAUAUAUUACGUUUAUGUGACAGCUUCUUCUCGAGAUAAAUCUACGUUGGUACAUGGGAAUAACCAUGGAAACGUCAUAAGUACAAUGGCGGGCUUCUUUGUCCAACGUUUUAACAACCAAUCACAAUUGGCUAUGGUAUUUUCCGCGUAAAAGGCGCACUGCACGUGGUGAGAACGCGGGAAAACGAUACGGAUGUGACCGCUUUUGCGUCGAUCUGUGAAGUAAAUAUACCCGCGGAAAACUGCGUUUCCUGUGGUAUAUGUAAUCUAAAGUGGUUGGUGAAGGUUGUCUAGAAGUUUUCAUUGCUUUAUGAGGAUCUACGUCGAUUUAUAUAUGUUAUUGCAAGGUUUGCCUUUUCAGGAAAAAUUUCAUAGAAUGAAACUUCGACGUUCUUAAUUCUACGAUAUAUAGAGGGAUAUAAUUUGUACUUAGAUUUUUACUUAGGUAACCGCAACAGAGCGUGGCGCCAAUUACUGAGAACCCGUAACGGUCCCCCCCGUUAGGGACAUCACCAGGAAAUACGACCCCCACUCUUACUGAACAGUGUGUGGAUGUGCAAGGGUUGUGAGACGAGGCCUACGGUUUGUCUUCCUAAUCCGAUAGUCGAUAGAUAGACGAUCAUUCUUUUCCUCUGUUUUCUAUUUACUAUUCUCUUUCUCAGGGUUCACUCAGCGCCAGCGGUGAGAACAAACCAGUCUUCUAAGUCUUCCUUCUCAUUUAGGUACUACGGUCUUUGUCAUCCAAGUACUCAUUUAUCUCCUGUUUCAAGGCAUCUGACCCUUUAUCAUGAAUUGGUUUAUUUUCAUUCAUUCUCUACUUUUUUCUCGAUCUAAUACCUCAACAACACUCUCUUUUAUUGUGAGGAUCCUGAAACCUUUUCCACCCCUAAUCUUUUAUUGCUCAAAGGAAAAACUAAAGCAAAAGUUCUUUCUGAAAAACCUUUGAAUUUGCUCUGACAGUUUAGCUUUCUCUUCUUUCUUGGUUGCUGAUUUUUGUCAUAACUCUUUUUGCAUUUUUUGUUUCUUGUGUGUCCAAAUUAGAACUCUAGCACGCCUUUGUAAAAUGCAUAAAAACAAACAGGUUUCGUUUGAAUGGCAACAUCAUAAGGAUUUCGUCCAUAGGUUUAAAAGUUAGGACCACCGUGAACAGCAUAAUAAACAGUACCACAGGAAAGUACUACGCAUUCGAAUUGAAAACUGUAGGAUUUCAUCCACAGACUCAAAGUUAGAAUCAUCUUGCACAGAAAGUACCUCUCAGUAGUUUUCACUUGAAUAGUCACUUAACGAUUUCAUCUACAAACUCCAGAUUUAGAAUCACCUUGUACAACAUAAUAAACAGCAUCACAGAAAAGUACUGCUCAAACUUAGAUUUCAUUUUAAUGGUUGUUCUUUAGGUUUCAUCUGCGGAGUCUGCAAACUCUGGAACCACUUUGUACAACGUAGGAAAAAAAAUUCUGGAAAAAUUUGUUCAGUAGCUUUAAUUCCAUCAUGCGAAAGGACUUCAUCCAGAGAUUAAAAAGUUAGAACCGCGUCCUGUCGCAACAGUGUACUCAAGAGAGGAAAGAGACAGUCCUCGUCUUGUACUCUUCUUACUUCACUUAAAGAAUUGCUUGCAGCUACUUCCAUGUAAGCAUCUGAAUCACACGUUUUCUACAUUCUGCCUCUCUAUUUCUAGGGACAGUUCAUCACACGUCUCAAAGACUUCUUUUAGAAGCAAAUCAGCCUUGACGAAGAUCAAGAGGUAUCCAUCUCAGAGCCUCGCUAUUGUGUUUUUUAAGGUUCUGGCGGUACUCCUGAAAAUGUGAUAUAUGUGUCUGUUUAAUGCCCCCUUACACGGGAUACUUCGCUUGAAAUAACUGUUUUCUGCUUCCUUUGUGGUAACUUUUUUCACGUUUUAGCUCUGUACUUCUUGGGAAAUUCCUUCGUAUGUCUCGAAGGGUCUUUCAAUAAGCAGAUGGGCCAUUUCGAAAAGGAAGAGAUAUCUUAUCUCGGACUCUUUUUUAUUUUUAUUUUUAUCUUAGUUGUGAUAUACAGCCAACAUCCAACAGCACAGCAAUCUAAUACUAAUGGAGAUUUGAUACUAAUUGGGUAGUUGCUUCACUUGAGAUACUUAGCUUGUUGUACGCAAUGCUCUCAUCACCUAGCCUUUUGUACCUUGUACCCCAUAUAUGAACCUCGUCCCCCUGAACUUGGGUAUGGUAGCCGGGCUUGUUGUUUGGCCUUACCUUUAUUUUACCUUAUCGGUACUCUGGUUCCUCCCGCACCGCAGUGUCAAAGUUAAUAAAACUAUCAUUCCUGUUCUCAAACGAGAUUUCACAUGUCCCUUCUCUGCCGCUUUCUUCUUUUCUUAUUAUUUUCUUCUUCCCGAUUGUUUCUGUGUAAAUCCUGGUUGUUGUAUCUUGUUUCUCUUACUAACUUUUCUUUCUUGAACAGUAAACCGCGGGCCAAAGCUAGAUCUAAAUCUGCAGCGCCACAUCCGAGGCGUAAAAACACUGCACACUAUGAAAGUUCUUCUCUGUCAUGGUAAUUAACGCUAACUGAAACUUUUUGUAGCUCCAUGCUAUGUUUACGAGUUGGAAGGUGAUUUUGAAUGAAGUAUCGUUAUUUCUUUAUCUUGUUUCUUAAGACCUUUUUUCUUCUUGGCCAGCAAACCUCAGGACAACGCUAGAUCUAAAUCCGCAGCUCCAUAUCCGAGGCGCAAAACCACAGCGUGUCAUGAAACCUCUUCUCCCGUAUGGUAAUUGACUUUCACGGAAGCUUUGGCUAUUUCUGUGCUUUGUUAAUAUGGUGGUGGAAUCGAUGAUUUAAAGUUAACUGCUGUUAUUCUGUAUAAAUUCUUGUUGUUUUAUCUUGUUUCUUUUGACCAUCUUUUCUUUGUUGAUUAGCAAACCUCGCAUCAAAGCUAGAUCUAAGUCAGCGCCGUAUCGGAGGCGCAAAGGAACAUCACAUCAUGAAAGCUCUUCUUCGCCAGGGUAAUUGACUGUAACUGAAUGUCUGGAUACUUCUCUGCUUUGUUAAGGUGGAAGUGGCGGUGAUCUUUACUUUACUCUUUAUUUUUGUGGAAAUUCUCCUGCUUGUAUCUUGUCUCUUCUGGUCAUUUUUCGUUUCUUGAAUAGCAAACCACAGACUAGCAAUUCUUGAUUUACAACCACGUGACAAAAUGACGUCGUUGGUUGAGAAAACAAUAGAGCGACAUGACGUCACGGCGGCCAUGUUGGUGUCCUAAUCCAGUCCUGUGGGAGUUAAACUAUUUUCUUAUGCAAACGCUUUCUUUUGUUUCAAUGAAUUUGCAUAGAUACUGGCCAUGUGACUGAAAACUCUCGAUAAGAAUUUUUGGCAGAAUUUGCAUGAAAAAAGGGUUAAGUUCCCAGUAGAAGAAAUCACUUGUUUUUGUCAACCUAGAUAAAGCUUAUCGCUCAGAAUCGCACUUGUCUUGCAGUCCCUCAGCGCCAGUCCUCCUGCCUAAAAUCAAGAAAAAGUCAACAAAAUCACAGACACUCAAGGUAGGAAAUCUCUCUUUCCUUAGUAAUACCAGACCCUUUUAGCAAUUAAUAAUCGCUUUUGGUGUAACAGAGUGGCUCAUAUCUGAAGGGCUUUCCGAUCAGUACCAAAAAAUUUGCAGUCUCGUUCAUGAUUUCUUCUCUGCCAUAAAGAUGAUGUUACACGGUACGAUUCGCAACGACGAUUUUUAGCGAAACACAACGUCGAAUUGUACCAUGGGGCUGUUUUUGGGGACAACAAUUCUUGGCCCACUCACCUGCGCAACACUGUAAUGACCAAUAAAAGCUGCGAUAGGGUCCCCAAAACUGUCCCAUAGUGUAAUUCGACAUGACACCGACUCAGUCUCACGCGCAACCUUAAAGAAAGCCCGCGAGCAAGCUCUCCAUUUGGAGGAGUCGGAGUCGCGAGAAGUCACGCGAGAGUAGCACACGAAAGGAGACGCGAGUGCUCCGCCCCUCGCUCGCGAGUUCUCUUGCACUUCGCUUCGCUCAAUAUAUAAAAGGCAGAUCUUGCUCCCAGGCUGCCUCAAAGCUUCCAAUAUCCUGACCUGAUUAACACUUGUAAUCAACUCUAAUUUCUGCAGAGAAAAGAAACGAUCGGAAGUAUUGCUUGUAAGACUCCAGUUUUGUUAGUACGACAUAUUCACUGUUUGUAACGAUUGUCAUUCUUAAGGGUCUUAAAGCCUCAAUCAAACCAUUACCCUGGGUACCAGAGGUGUUUUCUCGCGUGCGACGGGGAGCUUCGUUUUGUCGGUCGAAGGCCGAGGACACAAGCGGCGAAGCCGAAACCCAAAACCGCGCAUGAAAAGCCUCUGGCACCCAGGGUAUCAAACCAUAACCGUAAUAAUCACUAGUAAGCUUACGUAAUAGGACGGCAGAAAGAAGAGGACGGCAAAACGUUCAAAAACUUUCUCGUCUUCUUUCCUACGCCGUCCUUUUGCGUAAGCUCAUUAAUAUGACAUUAAUUUACCCAUAUUUGAUAACAAAGCCAUAUUUUACGAUAGAAUAAAUAGCACCGUGAAAGGCAAUGCUCCGGAGCGUUUAUUUGCGUGAUCGUAGUUAUGCAGGAUUUCACUCUCAAGACUCUAAAAUGAGGGCAACAUUCAAGGUCGAGCCUUGAGCGGUAAGAAUAGAUUGGCUUUGUUAAACCUGUUAACCUUUAAAAGCGUUUUUUUCAUUCUUUUUUCCAGUUUUCCUCCAGCUCUACAGUGGGGUCUGAAAGAACGCGACAGAUGCUGAAAUCCCGGAUGAAGUCGAACAUCUGACUAGUGCAGGACAGGGAGCCGCUUUCAGUGACAACAUCCACCAUCCCUCCUCUCCCUCAGCUUUAUCAAGAGCCAUUGCGAGGAGAAGAAGCGGAAUGCGAAGGAAGACAUGCGCAUUGCACAAUUGAGACUUGUCAUCAAAAGCGGCUCCUUCACGAGCUUUUGAUUCAUCUUAACAGACUGAAUUUAGGCGCCGACAGAUAUGCUUGAAAUUUCCCUCAGGAAGGGAGAAAAUCGAAAUAAACAAUAAAUUCCUGAUCUUAUAUUUGUAAAAAAUUGAUAACAGAGGCCAUUAGAUUCUAAGGCGAGGAGGGCUAAGAGAACGAGAUUUUCUCAACACUAACAUCUGCGCGCGUGAACCGGGAACCUGAGUCAUUUUAGCGGGAAAACGUGAUAGCCGUCGUCAUUCUACUACGAGUUUUUUUGAAAAUGUCGCAGUGGUUUUUUUUUAAGUUUUUAAAUUUUGUGAUCAGGAGAGGGCUCAACCUCCUGCAAAGAAUAUAACCGUGUUCUCUUUUAUGGCGAAAAAAAAGUGAAAGUAAUAAUGAAUACGCGAGAAAACUUCAAGUUAAAUCUCGCCCUCGAAUCUAAGGUCUCUAGUCCAGUUCUGGCAACGGGAUUUUAUUAAAACGGUCACAUCGUAGGCACUAUUAUCACGUACUCAAAAACUGAAACGAAGUUCAAGUCUUCAAGAAAGAGUUGAUUGAAGAUAUUUUUGAUGGAAUGUGACCAUUUUUAUGUUGCUUCAUCAUUACGAAAGCGGUCGUCCGUGCUUUUUGUUGUUCCCUUGGUAACAGCAAGGAAGGCAGCAAUUUAGCAUUUUUCUCGUGAUAGUCAAAUCUAUUUUAUUAAGCAUUUCUGCUGUUUUUUAGAAUUCUUUUUGUACAAACUUCUCAACAAAGGUGUCGCUCUUUGUGCGACCACAUAAAAGUAACACCUGUAAAAUUUUGUAAACUUUGUAUUAUAUUUUGUAACGCAAUUUUCUAAUGCUUGUACGAUAUGUACAUUACGUUUCAAAGCUGUACGAUACAGAACGCGUCUG